UAUUUGUGGAUGUAAUGUUUUUUGCAUGUUGUGUUGUCAUUUUUAGUGCAUUCAAGAAUUUUGUUUCAAUCGAUUUUAUAAAAAAAAACUAUUGUAUCUUGCUUAUCUAAAUAGGUGGGUGUUACUUAAAACCUUAGUGCAGUACACGUAUGCCUUUCUUUAAAACUAAAAAAAGUAAAGCAGCUCUGGCUAGGGCGGCAAAACAAAGGUUGAUUCACCAAUCUGAAUCUUCGCUAGCCAAUCAAACAGCUGAUCAUCAUAUUAUUGGCCACUCAACCCAGGAACACCACGAAAUGCUGGCGCAAGAAGAUUACGCGAUCCCUCCGGAAGUAAUCGUCGACAUCAAAGAGGAGGAACCUUCCGAACUUGAAACGAAUCCGUUCGUUGACGGGAUUCACACGGAGGAAAUCAAGGUGGAACUUGUGCAAUAUGCGGAAGCGAGAAUGGAUCCAAUCGGUGGGGGCCAGCAGCAGCAGCAGUAUGGUCCCGGUGGUGGAUCGGCUCGAUGUCGAUUCUGUUUGAGGCUGUUCCGCCACGAGUAUCGAAUGAAAGGAUCCAUCACGAAGAUGGUGAUCGAAUUCGUUUUGGGUGUGCAAACAGGGGGAUCGUCGGAUCAAGAGGAUCCCGUUUGUUGCAUUCAGUGCAGCAAUAUGUUCAGGAUGUUUUACGAUUUCAAGAAAUCGUGUUUGGCGGCAUUGACCCGAUUUGAUGCACACUUGUUGAUUGGCGUAAAGGAGAAGAAUUGGAAUAUGGUGGUAAGUCCUUCUGGAAGCAUGUCUCAAGAGGGGAUGACCGGAGAGUUAAGACAACAGCUACAAACAGAAGAAUCCACGCUUUGUGAAAUAUCGGCUCCCCAACAGCACUGGCAGACUGAUUUUUCAACUCCCGCAAACAUUGUUACUCCUGAUUUGGUGCCAGAGUCUUCAAAUGAUUUGGAUGUUUCAAAUAUUUCAAACGUGGAAAUGAUCGAAGAUGGUAUAUCAAAAGUGAACGAAAACAAUCCAUCGGGUCAGCAAUUCUCAAAUGAUAUUCAAUCGUCUUCAAAUGAGUUUGAUAAACCUUCGACAUCGGAAUCGAAUUCAGCGAUUGAUCAAGAGCAAAUUGAACAGCUCCAAAAUAACCAACGCAAGCAAUGCACUCGGUGUUGGAAAUUUUUCGAAACGGAAUUCAUCUAUAAGCAUCACAAACCGUUCUGCAUUAAGGCGCGGAGUAAGCCACAGUUUAUGACCUGUACUAUGUGUCCUGAGCAAUUCAAAACCGAACGGCAAUUGGAGCUCCAUAUGAACAGACACAACGGACUUCGAACGAUUCCCUGUCGGCGCGAGAACUGUACCAAAAAGUUUUUCACCAUCAAGACACGCUCCGAGCAUGAAAGCAUUUGUGGCCAAACCAAUCAACUGGUAUGCUUCAUUUGUGCAGCUGUGCUGAAAACGACGGGUACCCUUCGGGCACAUUUGGCUAACCAUGGGGAACCGUCCUUCGUUUGUACGCAGUGCAAUAAGGCUUUCCAUACGAACACCAAGCUGAAGAAGCACUACGCUGUUCAUUCCGAUGCACGGAACUUCGAGUGCGAAGUGUGUGGGAAGCGUUUCAAAUCGCACGAAGCCCACCGGGUCCAUCAACGGAUCCACACGCAGGAGAAGCCGUACGCUUGCCACAUCUGCGGGACGGCUUUCACGUACAACUGUUCGCUCAAAACGCACCUGGAGAAGGGCCAUUAGCCCCGGAAGCAUGUUGGGUGCGUGCACGUGCAAUGAGUAAUGAUUCCAGGGUAUCUUCCAGACGUUCCUACAGUCCAGAGCUCGUAUUCUUUCGUUUAUUCCAGGACGACGUCCAGUGAAUCGAAAGAUGGUAACAAAAAACGACGGAAAACUUUGUUACAAUCGCGAGAACCCAGAUCAUCGACAGCUUAGUGCUCAUAUUUCAAAAGACGUUCAUUAUAGGUAAGUAGAAAUCGACCUGUACCAGAACCAAGUUUUACUAGCAACGCACACGCCGGUUGAAGAUUGAAAAAUCGAUCAACUGAACAAUAUUUUUGAGACAGUUUGCUGAGAGAACGCAACCCGUGCAGUUGUGAAACAGUUUAUACCUCCUGAAUGCAGUGAUAAUUUAGCGGAAGUAUUUAUAAGUUGCUACUAAUUUUGUUGGCUGUGCAAAGUGAAUUCAGAAUAAAGUGAAACUGUUGAAAGUGUCCCACAAUA